GUGGAAUUUGACAGAAUGCAAGAAUUCGGUCAAGAGAUGUUUUGCAUGUUUUUGUGGAAAUUAGACGCAUUUUUAUACUGAGAAUGAUUAAGAUCACUUUAUUUAUAGCUUUGUUUUUAUCAACUACGUUCCUGAGCAUAACAUAUGGCAAUGGAAAUGAGAAAUUAACAACUGGUACAAUUCAGGAUGAAACUAUAAAACAGAUUCCUAUUGACCCAGGAGGACAAAGUCAGGAAAAAGUACCACCUGAAAUUAUAGUUGAACAGAUUGAUGAAAAAAAGACAGAUGUUGAAACAGAAAAACAAGAAACACAGACAAAAGAAAAACAAGAUAAUGUUGAGCAGACUAGACCACAGGUGGAACCUCCCGUCACCAUACAGACUGAGAAGCAAGAAAAUCAAGAUCCAAUAGAAACUGUAACAGAGAAAAAAGAAACUGAAAAUCCUCAAGUCAAAUCAUUGAACAAUGAAGAUAAGAAUGUAGAAAUUCCAGAAACCGUGCCAACAGUGGCAAAUAUAUCUUUAGAACAGACACCAGAGACAGGGAAAGAUGUACCUCAACAGUUAGAAAAUAAGGUUGCAACAGGGGCAGAUAAACCAGUUGAUACUAUUACUGAACCAGCAAAAACUGAUGGAGAUAAACCUAAACAGCAGGGUGAUGAAAUUCAGACAUUUACAGAAUGGACACAAAAAGUUUUAGAAGAGGAAAAACAAAAAACUUCUACAGAAGCUACAGGAUCAAGUGUUAGUAAAUCUAAGAGAUCUGUAAAUUAUGCCUCUAAAGAAUGUGGUGCCAAAGUAUUAGCCAGUAAUCCUGAAGCUGAGAAUGUUAAAGCUGUACUAACCAGUAACAAGGAUGAAUAUAUGAUAAAUCCAUGUAAAGUGGCCAAAAAAUGGUUUGUUAUAGAACUUUGUGAGCCAAUCCAUGUCAACAAUUUUGAAGUUGCCAGUUUUGAAUUGUUUUCAUCACAACCAAAAACAUUUCGUGUAUCUUUAAGUGAUAGAUAUCCUAGUAAGGAAUGGACAAAUAUUGGAGAUUUUACAGCUUCAGAAGAGAGAAAAUCUCAUCCAUUUCCGGUUAAAGAUGGUUAUGUGGUCCAGUUUGUUAAAAUAGAGAUGUUAGACCAUUAUGGCACAGAACAUUUUUGUCCUUUGACUUGGUUCAGAAUGUUUGGAAUGCCAGUAGAGUAUGAUGAGUAUGGACAUCGACCUCAUGAAGAUAACGAUGAUAAUGAAAAUGAUAUGGAUGAAGUAUUAUUGAGAGAUGAGCAGACAGAAGAUGCAGAAACCCACAAGAACUUGUUUGCUAGUGCAACAGAAAGUGUUAUGAAGCUUGUUAAGAAAGUUUUAAAUGUGGCAGAUAAAGAGCAGGAUUCUAAAACAAACCUAACAGGAAGUGUGACUGAGGAUAGUCUAACUGUACCAGGUUCAAACACUACACAGAAUAAUAUGACAGCUGAUGGAUAUAUGUUACCCUGUGUACCAGAAAAGAAAGAAGUGGAAACAGAAAAGAAGAAAUUUGAUGAGCCUUUACAACCAAGUCCGCCAUAUCCACAGUCAGGUUUUGUAACUUCUUCAUUAGAACAAGAGGAUAAGAAGAGAAAAGAUGAUGAAUCUAUUGUUACAAAGCUUGAGGACCAUGAACAGGUCCCCAGUGUGAGUGACAAUCUGGUCACCUUGCUACAAAAUGAGGAGGAGGAAGAAACUGUGUCAUGUGAUUAUAUAACUGAUAAAUUAUCAGCUGUAUCUUAUUUUAGAAAACCAAUUUGUACAUACUAUGAAAUUAUGAAGUAUUCCAAAAAAUUGCCCAUUUGUUCACUUAACGAAUCACUUGCUAAAGAACAAGAAGAAGUAGAAAAUGGAAAGACUUUGCCGAAAGAAAAUAGUUUUCAAAUAAAAGAAAUGACACCUGAAACACAAGAUGUCAUCCAGACAGAAAUUAAGCCAUCAGCUUCUGAAAAAAGUCCUGAAUCAAACCAACAAAAUGUGGAGCUGCCACCAAAGGAAAUGUUAAAUGUUAGCUCAACGGAUGUGAAGCCAUUGACGGAGGAAUCAAUAGUAUCUACUACUACUGUAUUGUCAGUUUCAAUGGAUCUAACAAUGCAAUCUUCAGCAUCUAUUGAUCCGACAACUUCUUUAAAAAAUGUAGAACCAACCAAAAUAGUUGCCGAAAAAUCUCAAGAAGAAAUGGAGGUGUUGAAAUCUUCCGAAGUAUCAAAUCCUGAUGUGAGCCAGACAAUUCAGUCAAGUUCUUCGUCAGAAUCAAUCGAAGUGAAAGUUUCAGAUAAAACGCCAUCUUUAUCUGAGGAGGAACCAAAGAAAACUGUAGAUUUUGUUCUGGUAGACACUGCUUCAAGUAGUAAACCAACUGAACAGACGGCUGAAUCAAAGGUCCAACAACCAGAGGUACCCUCUGCAGAAGAAUCAUCAAAAAUAGAUCCAUCUAUAUCAGUAGAAAUCCAACAGACCUCAGUCCUCAAGGCCAAUGCCAGUGAAACUGAAGGACCAAAUACAGAUACUAUUGAACCUGUUGUAGUAGGGGAUAAUGUUCCAGUUUACCAGAAUGCCAAAGAUUUAAGACUUAUCCAUGUUCCUGUCCUGCCUUAUCAGAAAAGAGAAACUGCUAUCAUGAGACUGAAUAACAGAAUCAAGGCUUUAGAGAUGAAUGUCUCACUCAGUAGCAGAUUUUUGGAAGAAAUGAGUCAGAAGUUUAAAAAACAGACAGAAGACAUGAUCAAACAACAUGUGUUUAACAAAACAGUGGGAGAGAUAACAAAUGUUACAAAAGCCAUCGAAAUUCAGAGUCUGAUUCAGAAGCAGAAAAUUGAUGUUUUAGAAACUACAGUACAGAAUUUAACAGAACUUGUCAUUCGUUUUACAGAAAAAAUGGAGAACCUUAAUCAGCAGGUACAGGACAGAGAAUUUAGGUACAUUGUGACAGUGAUUGUAUUGUGUGUCAUUGUUUUGAUUCUGAUGAAGAAGAAAUCCACGAAAGUCCCACAGGAAAUCCAGGACAUGGGGACAACCACUAAUUUUAAACAUAUCCGUAGAAGAAACUCUUUCUCUGGGCGUGACCAUGAUAAAGUUGAUUCUAUAGGACCUGCCAUACAAAAAUACAACAGUGAAUCUACAUUAGUGAAUUCUGGGAAUUAUUCAUCAGAUAUAGAUCCUGGUGGGACCUCAGUACACCACAUGCAUGCAAAGAAAAGAAAGAGAAAGAAACAAAAGAUAAACGGUUCAUCAACAUCUUUGACAGGUGAAGUAAAAGUAACUCACAACAAAACUGAUAUCAAUAGUGCUGGUCUCCUGUUUGGUACCAGUUCAAGAGAAUCUUCACCUGAUGAAGGUGAACAAACAAAAUCGAAAUCCAUGAAUCGAUCUUCAAGUAGUGCUGGACUAUGGAGCUAUUUUGCCAGUGACAAGCAAGAACAGCUGAAACCAAAAGGACCUGACAAAAAAAUAUCUUCAAGUUGUCAUACAGGCCAUGAUAAAAAAGAUUUGUACAACAGUCAUGCCAAAACAAAUGGCUGUAUCCCAAAGAAGACAAUCAAGACAGGAACUAUAUGUCAUCCUGCCAAAACAUCCAAUGGUUGUACACGUGGACUCAGAUCUGGGUCGUUUAAUGGUUCUGACACGCAUUAUGAUGAUUUUAUAUCGCUCUCUGAGGAAAGUGUUAACAGAGGUGACAUAUUCAUUGUUUCUCCCUUUAAAAAGAAAUUUACCUUUCCUAAGGGAUCGACACAGAACUCGCAUAAAGAUUCAAUGUUAAAAAACCAGACAGGAAAACAAGGCAAAAGUUCUCACACUCGUGCAGGUAGUACUGAUCUAACAUACAGAACGGUGUCUUUCAAGGAAAUGAAUGGACAUAAUUAGCUUUAAUUUGUUGCAUUGUUUACAAUCUAGGUUGGCUCUUAUCUGUUUUAUAGAUUUAGAGAGUUACCAUUCUUGGAAUUGCAUGCCAAAAUUGUUUUGCAUUUGAAAGUUGCAAACAAGUAACUUAUUUAAUUUAGAUAAUAUAUUUGUUCUAUAAAUUUUGAAUGAAUAGCAAGAAAGUAGCAUGAAAGCAUUUUUUAAAUAAAAGCAAGUUGGUAGUCCAAUUGGGUUUAGAUGUAUUUUGCAAUUUUUUGUGCAAUAAGAUUGUUGUAUGUAGUAUCUUAAAUCAAACUUGUGUUGAAUGUGCCUGUGAUAGAAUUUAAAAAUGUAAUUUGCAUACCUAUUUCUUUGAUAAAUCGUUCUACAUGUGCAUGUGCUUUUGAUAUAAGAAAAUAGUACCUUUUAUUCCUUUCAUAUUUUCAGUAUUCGAAAUGAAUUUCUGCUCAAUAAUUGUUUAUACCUCAGUUUUGAUAAAAAAAAAAAAAAGUAAGUCUUGUCUUGAUUUGGAAUGAUUUUGGAAUACAUCUGAUAAUUUGUACAUGUGAAAUAAAAUUUAAGUCUCAAUUUUAGUGCAACAGAUGUGCAUUUUGACAAUCAAUAUCUCUUCAAUAAUGGUUGAGGCAAAAAAAUGAAUGAAAUCAAAAACCUAAUAGAAAUGUUGUCAAGCUGAUUUUACUUUUAUAACGACCAAAAGUAUGGCUAAACCCUUACAAGAAAUCAGAACUAUGCAUAGAGAUAUGUCAUCCUCAAUUUCACAGGAUUUCUUAAGUUUUAUAACAGCAAAUUACAAUUAAAAAAAAUAAAUAUCUAUUGUUGAGCUAUAAAAAAAACUCAAAAUUAACAUUCUGCUUCAUUAAAUCCAAAUUAUGUACAUGUUUAACUUGAACAGCACAAACCUGAUUGGAUACGUUUUUAGUGUGGACACUGUUAAAUGUAUUGUUUGUGAGUAAUUGCAUGGGUAUAAUGAAGAUACUAAUUUUGAAUUGUUGUUAUGAAUAAAGGAAAGGGGAGUAAAAUGUUGUGCUGGGGUUCUAAAAAUGAAAGAACUAGCUUUUAAAAUGUUUAAUUUAGAAAUGAUGCAUCUGAGUUUUAUUUGCAUUAUCAGUUUUGGUACUUUUCUGUUUUCUUUUUAUUUCUGGUGCUUAGAAUUAUUUUUGUAAUAAUAUCUUAAUUGUAUGUGUGAGAUUAAAGAUUGAAUACAGUCAACCCACUUUAUAAUGACUAAGUAUAUCUUCAUUUUACAGUGAAGUGAAACGAAAACAUAUUUUAUAAAUCCAUUUAUCUUUUUCAUUAACAACUCCUAUGUUUGAAAACAAAUAUCGUGAAAAAUCCCCCAUCCCCCUCCCAAUUUAUAUGUGUUUAUUUAUCUUUUAUCAUCAAUAAACACAAAUUUUCUUAUAUGGUAGUAUCUGAGAAAUAAAAAAAAAAUUGCAUUACAUGUUUUAUUUUGCUUCUUUCUUAUUGUUAAAUUAACUUUUGAUGCCCCAAUUCAGCUUCUCUGUCAUCCAAUAAAUAAGAUUACACAUUAAUGAACCCUCACAUCUUCUCUCUAUUUCUUUUUUUUCAACUGUUUAGUGAUUCUUUUCCCAUCAUCUGUCUUAUAUCAUAUCCAUGUUUCCCUACAAACUUGCAAAUACAGUUCAAUAAGAACCAUUCCCUAAAUACCCAUACUUUAAAUUUAAAAAUUAUUGCGUGCAUUUAUUAUUGCGAUUUUUGAAGAAUGGAAAAAAAAUCGAGAUUAUUAUUGUGUGUGUCUUUGACAAAGUUUUGUUUCGAUUAUAGUAAAUGUCCUUUUAAUGCGGGUUGACUGUAUUUUUCCAUAUUUUUGUAUUUUCGAUGUGAAAAAUAUAUUGGUAAACCGGUGAAAUUUAAUUUAGAAUUUACUGGUUUUGUAAUAUGGUUUUGUGUUUUUUGUUGAAAAUGUUAAAUGUGGAUUUUUUUGUCUCUGCAUUUAGCAAUUUCAGGGUCUAAAGUAUGCUUAUGAAAAGCCUAGUCAUAAACAUGGUGAUUGCUGAAUCAAUGAUCACUGCUGUGUGUGCAUGUAACAGUUAUCAAUGAAUCAGUAAGCAGUGGCAGAUCCAGAAAUUUUCAUAAGCGGUGCCCACUGACUGCCCUAAGAGGAGGCCUGCUCCAGUCAUGCUUCAGUGAUUACCUAUAUAAUUAACCAAAUUUUCCUGACAAAAGGGCCCCCCCUGGAUCUGCCAUUGGUGAGUCCAGUGUCAAGUGACACUGGUGUUGUUGCUGUAAAGUUUGAAUUAUAUGUGUUGAUGACUCUAAACCUACCAUGCAGCAACAGUGAAAACCGAGAACAUACACAUAAGUGCUAAUCUUUUGAUAAAAAAUUAUUUUCUAGUGUUUCAUGGGAUUAUUGUCUCAACUGUAUCUGACCAACUGUAGAUUCAUUAUUAUUUUUGGGGUAAAGAUUUUCGUGUUAAUAGGUAAACCAUAAAUUUAAAAGUUCAAUGAAAGUCUAAUUGUCUAUUGGUUCGCAUGCAGACUUUGGCCAAACCACGAAAUUAAAUAUCCACGAAAAUUGGUGUCCACGAAAAAAAUAAAUGAAUCCACAGUAUAUCUUAUACAAUCCAUUAUCCUGAAGAUUCUGAAAUAGCAUUUUCAUAUAUAUUUUUCUUUUAUGUAGAACAUUUUAAGAGUAUUGUUAAGAGGAAAACUAAAAUUAAAUAAAUUUAAGAGAAUUAUUUUUGUACAAAUCUCGUAACAAUAGAUGUAUUUACACUUGUAUGCAAAUUUGUCCACCAUUACUUAAAAUCACACAAGUUCCCAUAAAAUUGAACAUCACAGUUUAAAAAAAUUGACGUCAUAAUUAAAAAGUGAUUGUUGCUUGACGUUAGAAAGUUAUUCGGAGCAGAUCUAAGGUCAUUUGGAGACAAAAUACCAAAAGUGUAAAUACAUUUAUAUUGUAGUGUUAUAUUACAAGUUUGUGCUUCUUCGAAACCUGAGCUUACCAUUGUAUGACAAUGCAGUGCAGCUAUUUGGAAAGUUCACAGACAGUAGAAUGAUGAAUUCCUCUACAUUAUAUUACAUGAUUGGCUGUCAUAAAAUGAAAAACCUUUGGAUGGUUAAAAUGGAUUAGGGUAGUACUGUGGAUUCAUAUAUUUUCGUGGGUACCAAUUUUUGGCGGGUAGAGAAAAAAAUUGUAUUUUCGUGGAUACUUAACUUCAUGGGGUACCUGUAGUGUGCAGACAUGCCUAUAGAAAAAUUUGUACUAUGUUGAAUAUUUAUUUUUAUGGUUCACCUUCCCACAAGUAAUCCAUGAAAAUUGAUAUCCCACGAAUAAUAAUGAAUCCACCGUAUCUCUUCUUGUUUUAUUGACUUUUAUUCUAUUGUAUUUUUGUUUUUAAAAAAAAAAUAAUUGAACAGUACCUAGUCAGAAAUUAAUCAAAUGUGUUUGUGAAUCUUGAAAGCCUAGUAAAAAUGUGCAAUAUAAGACAAUAAUAUGUUUCUUUGUUCACCAAAAAGUUUUCAGUGUUCUUUAGAUACGUUCAUUUCAAUUUUUAGUCAACAAUCUGUUUUGCUACAAUAUUGUACAGACUUGCUUGUUGCCUGUUUAGAAGUGCAACAAUCUGUUUUGCUACAAAGACUUGCUAGUUGCCUGUUCAGAAAUGCAACAAUCUAUUUUACUUCAAAGAUUUGCUACUUGCCUGUUCAGAAAGGCAACAAUCUGUUUUGCUACAAAGACUUGCUAGCUGCCUUUUCAGAAAGGCAACAAUCUGUUUUACUUCAAAGACUUGCUACUUGCCUGUUCAGAAAGGCAACAAUCUGUUUUGCUACAAAGACUUGCUAGCUGCCUUUUCAGAAAGACAAUAAUCUGUUUUGCUGUAAAGACUUGCUUGUUGCCUGUUCAGAAUGUUCCAUGUUUGAUUAUCUUUUAUUAUCUUGAUCAAUGCAAAUCGUUUCUUUGUUUACAUGAGUCCUAUGUAUGUAUUAAUGAUAUAGUCAUAUAUUUAUGAAAUAUAUUUUAUUUUAUUUAAUUUAAGUCUACUUUAGAUGAAGACAUUUGUUUAUAUCAAAGUAACUGAUCAGUGCUACUGUGGAUUCACUUAUUACCGUGGAUACCAAUUUUCGUUGAUUGAGGAAAAAAUGUAUCAUAGUGGAUAUUUGAUUUUGUGGUUUUGCCAAUGUCUGCAUACAAGCCUAUAGAAUAUUUUUACUUUGUGGCCCAUUUAAAUUUUUGGUUUUCUUUUACCCAAGAAAUUGACGAAAAUUGGUUUCCCAUGAAAAAUAUUAAAUCCACAGAAUUAUGAUAUUAAAAUAUGAUUUGUCUACAAACGGUUGUAUGAGGGGCAUUCAAUUAUGAUUUUAUAACUGAAAGUCUAUUUUGACAAACAAAAUUUUUACUUAAAUAUAAUAACAUUACAUGUAUGUUUCACGAGAAUCCGUUAGUUUGAUUGGCUAACAAUAAUCGAUUGUCAUUCAAAAAUUAACCUUCAUAUCAAAAUGAAAUGUUACAUGCUUCCGCGCUUCAUACAAAAUGUGUUUCGGUCAACACUUUUACACCCCAAUAAAAUUACAAAAAGAAGCAUUCUCUUCACUACAUAGAUGAAAUAAUUAGAAUUCUGUCUGAUAUCUCUUUUAAAAUUCCCUUUUUUUGUAAAUCACACAUAAAAAGCAGAAUUGUCCAAAGCCAAAUAAAUCCAUGGCAUUACAUAGGUGGUUUUCUAUGUAAAAAUUCAUAGAAAGGUACAUUUAAUUCAUGUCUAUGUCUUGUUUUCUCUAUGAAAUUCAAUUUAAAAUAAACCAAAUUUCUGUUGUUGACUAUUACUUUUAUUUGUGAUUGUUGUCCCGUGUACAUUCACCCUUAAUGUUCUUUCAUUUAAAUAUAUAUUUGUAUCUAUUAUGCGACAUUGUCUUUAUUAUUUUGGCUUUAAAAAAUCUAUGCCCAGCUUUCAUGAAAAGUAAAAAAUAGUUGAAGGGGAAAUGUCCACAUUCCUGGUUAAACUGCAAGUAAUCCUUUACUGACCAGUUCAAAGAGGUCUAUCAGUUAUCGCUAUGUACCUUGGACCAAUGAAUUAUUUGUCUGUUAUGGGAUGACUGGGGGUUUGCAUGGGGGGUCCUUCCUUUCUUUAUUCUUUAACUUUUUAGACAAUCUUUCUCUAUUUCUUAUUUAUUUUGACCUUUAUUAUCUAUUAUUUUUUAUUAUUAUAUGGCCCAUUUUUCUCUAUUCUUUAUAUUUUUUCCCCUUUAUUCUGCACUCUUAACCCAUUAUUUUCUAUUCUGUAAACCCCAUUCAGACCCUCAUGACUUUUGCAAGAAGGGAUUCAAAAUGUUAUCUCUUCUUGACUCUCUUAUUGAAAUGAUUUUUUUUUUCAAGGAAUUGAAAAAAAUUCCUAAUCUGGAUUCUGAAAUCUCUGUUGAUGUGUGAGUGUGUAUGAGUGUUUCAUUGAAACAUUUUCAGAAUUUAUUAUGUGUCAUUUCUGCAAUAUUUCCAGUGAAUUUAUAUAAUAAUGAAAUUGUAAAUUUUGAAUCUCAGAAAAAUUUUGAGAUUUAUUCUAUAAUAAAAGUAGAAAACGAUGAUUAUGAUUAUUAUGUUUUGAAUUAUUCAAAAUAUAUAUAUGUCAAUAUGUAAUUUUUUGUUUAUUUUAUGAGAUGAAGAUUAUUAUUAGUUUACAAUGUUGUAACAAAGAAGGUCUUUAAGUCAUGGAAACUUCCCUUUCAAGAAACACAUGGUGAAAAACUUGGUAGUAUUUAAAGAUUUUAUGCAAAAUUAUAUUUUUAGAGCAACCUCAAAAAAGUUUUGCACCGUGAAGUGUAAAGAAAACUUUCAAGAUGUAUUUUAUUUAAAAAUGUUUUGAGAGUUUUGGGAAAAAGUGUUUUUUGAAAGGGAUAUUCCUUAUUGUCUUCAGCAAUUAGAUUAAGCUGAGGAAAAAUGGUUUUAAUUUGUUAGUGCUAUGUUAAGGAGAAUAAAAAAUCCUAGCUCUGUUCAUAUAAUUGUCUACAAAUUUUGCUGUCAUAACAGCCUGGAGGAAUUGUGUAGUUUAUGUUAUGAUUUGAAUACAUUACUUUACAUCUAUCUCAUUUCUAUGUACAGUUCAAUACAAUUUCAGUAUUGUGUCAAAAGGUAUAGUGAUUAUUCAUAUUGUUAUUUUAAUGUGAUUGCAUGAAGCCAGAGUUGAUCAAUAUUUAUUUUAAGUUGACAAUAAAUUGUUGAAGCUG